AUGGUGAAUAAUGCCUCCGAGAGACGGAUUCUCGAAGACGAAGUUGCGAGCGUUGAAAAUCUACGGCGACUUGAUGACGGAUAUCGUGGAAAGCAAGACUUUAGCCUAUGUUUGCAACCUUUCUUUGAGAAAGAAAACACACUUGCCUGCGUGUUGCUAAAUGGCUUAGAAUUUUUCAAACUCAAUGAUUCCACAAGGAGUUUUGCAGCCGCCAACCUCGAGCUCAUGGUGGAUUCUUCUCCGCCAGCGAAGAAGAAAAACGGCAUUGUGACAUAUGCUGUCGUAGGGAGUGUUGUCGACUUACUUGCGGUGGUUGCAGCCAUUGGCUUCUUCAUUCUCCGGCGGCGGCAGAAAAUGAAGGACGCGGCCACGAGCAUCACCAAGUCAUCGUGGACAACACUUUCCACCGCCAGAACUAGUGGAUCAUCAGCUGCCAUCUCCCUGCCCUCCGAUCUCUACAAAUACUUCUCUUUCAACGACAUCAAAACCGUCACCCACAACUUCGUCAUCGGCAGGGGAGGCUUCGGCAACGUCUACAAAGCCCUCAUCGACGACGACGCCGUCACCGUCGCGAUCAAGAGGCUCAACCCCUUCUCCAGCCAAGGCGCCCGCGAGUUCCUCACCGAGAUCGAGAUGCUCUCCAAGCUCCGCCACCUCCACCUGGUCUCCCUCAUCGGCUACUACGACGACGACGGUGAGAUGAUCCUCGUCUACGACUACAUGGCCCACGGCUCCCUCCGCGACCACAUCAUCCACACGUCCGAGAAUUCACCAUUAACGUGGAAACAACGCCUCCAAAUUUCCAUGGGCGCCGCAAAAGGACUGCACUAUUUCCACACCGGCACCAAGCACGCCAUCAUCCACCACGACGUCAAGUCCACCAACAUCCUCCUCGACCACAACUGGGUGGCCAAGAUUUCAGAUUUCGGGCUCUCCAGAAUGGGACACUCGAACGAUUCCUUCACGCACAUCAGCACCAACGUCAAAGGCACCUUCGGCUACUUGGAUCCCAAAUACCUUUCAACCAAUCAAUUGACUAGAAAAUCCGAUGUGUAUGCAUUUGGAGUGGUUCUGUUUGAACUUCUCUCCGGAAGGCCUGCCGUGGAUGUGAAGCUCGACGAGGAGCAACAUAGCCUGGCCGGAUGGGCUCGAUUUUGUGUGCGUGAAGGGCAAGUGGAUCGACUCAUCGACACAAACCUCGCGGGGCAGAUUUCAGCAGCUUGUUUGAAUGUAUUUGUUGGAAUAGCAGGGAGAUACAUACCAGGGGCGGGGCUAAGAAAAUCUACGGCGACUUGA